CCUUCCUUGCGGGUUCGCAGAACGUUUCACUGACAUCCAUUCUCCCCUUGUCCCUCUCCCCCUUUUUCACUUUCGCCCUGCGCUCAUGUCACGCUAUGGCCAACCCGCAAUCUGGGCAUCACCACCAUCGUCCGCCGACUCGGACUCACUCUGGACCAACUCGAUCAUCUUCCCCUCGACAUCCGACGACGGCAUGCUCACUCCGCCACGUCGCUACUCGUCCAUCGUCGAUGUCUCGGCACCUGCAUCUACUCACGGCGGCGAUGACGAAACUGACGCCUCUUUGCAACUCACGAAUGACGCCGCUCCUUUAUCCCCUGGUCAAUUCUGCUGGAAUUUUUCACCUCGGGAAUCAAUCCAACGGUGGUCCUCACGCCUCACUCGCGCCUACAUUGCACUGGUAGCCAAUCUGCACUCCAUCUCGCAGGCCAUGCUGGCACAAGACGUCCCUUCGUACAUCUCAGCACGAUCCGCAAACUCCAUCAUCUCCGAGUCGAGGCCGACGAGAAUCCAGGCAGAGACGCUUUCGUUCUUGAACCGAAUCCUCGACGAGCUGCUCCUCUUCAUCGUAGCUUCGUCCCGCUCGCUGGCGACGGAUCGGAUCAAGACCAAUGGGCUGCUCCGCGUGCUCAACAACAAUGUGCUGGCAAAGGAUGCUGUACUUGAAGCCGAGCUGGAGCUGCGUAACUACUUGCAGGGCAAGAAGGCGGAAGGUGGGCGGGUGCCGCUCGGACUCAGCGCUACGAGCCGAUGGGACGGCACAGAGGCUUUCCCCGUCGCGAGCGCAUACGCUGCCUUGCGCACCCGCUGCCAGUACUACUCGACGCUCGGCGACCGCGAGGAUGAAGCAGCCACGGGCGACCAACACAUCAUGUCGCCCGAGGGUCGUCCCAUUGCCACUAUCACGCCUGGAGUCAGCAUUUACGUAACCGCUCUCCUCGAAUUCGUCGGCGAGUAUAUCCUGCAGCAUGUCGCUGCAAUCAUUGAGCGAGACAAUUCGGAUGAGGCUGGUCUGGCAGACCUGCGCGCUGCGAUCGAAGAGGACGAGCAGAUGAUUACACUCUGGCGCCAGAUGGUAGUCAAGCAGGAGCUUGAGAAGCGGAUGCAAGCGCUUGGUGCGAUUGGAGGGAGGACGAGACGAUCCAUUCGCCCUUGGAAGGUGCCCACGGGGGAUGAAGUAGACGAAGCUGCUACAGAUAUUGCGCAGUGGCGCGCAACGGGCUCGACUGCCGGUCAUGGCGGUAGUGGCAAUCGCAAUCGUCCUGGCACAUCUGCAAGCAUCAGCGGCCCUCCGCCCAGCUGGCCGGUUCGAGAUCGAUCCAGCAGUCUCGGACACGCCGGAACGGCCAGUGACUCGUACCACAACGACACGAUGAGCGAUUCGCACGGUAGCGUGCCUGCUUCUGGCAGCCAAACGACCAACAUCACCACUCCGUCCACGGAAGCGCCUCCCGCACUCACAAGGCGCAGCAGUAUCGAAAAGGGGCUCAGCGGCUUCUUCGGUGCGGGUAGGCGUCGCGGCAGUUUCAAGCAGCAAAGCCAAGAUUUCAGCGCUGGUGGGCAAGGAGGCAGGCCCUCCUUGGCUGCCCUCAAGAGCGGCGCAGCAAACGUGGACUCCAAUCGCCCGCCUGACGUCAAUGUUGAGCCUGCGGAUGACUUUGAGGCCCUUAUGAUGUCUGGACAGACAAUGAAGGUCUCACUCACGCCGAACAGGCUGCGCACGAUUGAAAUCGAGCGCAAGGCUGCGGAGAGCAAGAAGAAGGAGGCGAGACAGAGGCCUGGUGUGCUCAAUUUUGCAUCCCUCAAGGGGGAUAGCGGGGAGGCCUCGCCCAGAGGUGGAGGUGGGACGUCCCCUGCACCGACGCUUACGACACUCAACGAAAGGCCGUCUUCGCGUGCUAGCAGCGGCGGUGCUCCAUCUCCAGCCCCAGCGACGACUCGCAAGGCCUCAUCUCGCGUCAGCGCCCCGCCACCCAGCUCGUACCGUGGACCAUCUGACCCGCUCACGUCUGCAUCUGGCCAGCAGAGCACAUCAGGGGGCGCCCCGCCUCCCUCUCCCCCAAACAAGGACAUGAGCCACGCCCGCUCACGCAAAAUGGGCCGCUCAGCCUCGGGCGAUGCGCAGACGCAGGCUACCAAGCUUCAACCCCGCGACAAGCGCGCCUCCUGGUCCGCAGCAAAAGACAUGAUGGAUCUCUUCAACUCCACCCCGCCCUCCCCAAGCACGAAUGCAGGCGGUAGAUUCGCUGGCGUGGCUCCAGAAGCCGGCCUAGCAGGGGGCAAUAACAGCAACGACUCGUCUAUUUCCCGCGUCGGCGGAAAGAUGCGCGCCCUCCUUGGGGGAAGAAAGAGUCUCAGUAACGCGACGGGCGGAAGUCAGAGCCCCACGACGUCCUUUGACAGGGACCGCAGCGAGUCGCGCCAGUCGAACGUCGUUACGCCAACGAUCGGCACGCCCGUCGACAUCGCCGAAACAAACGAGGAGGAGCAGCGCAACGUCGCCUCGCCUACAGACUAUGCUCCCGCCUCCGCGAGCUCGCAGGGCCACGGAACGUCGAACAGCGAGCAUGGCGGCGAAUUUGGGCUGGCGGGCAGGUUGCCUGGCGUCGUCGCUCCGGCUACGCAGCAUGGUCGGUCCGUCAGCGGCGUGUCGAACCUCUCCUCUUUUGCAGGCGAGGCGGAGCGUCGAGGUUCUCAGCAGCUAGAGGUUCCCACGCCCAUAGAUGGCAACAAGACGCCUCUCUCCUCGCAGCCGGGUGUGAUGGACCAAACUGCCCCAGCAGGCCUCUCUCCGCCAUCCGCAGAAGACGGAUCUCCUUCUCACACGCCGGUCUCAUACCGAGGCUCCGUCCCUUCUACGCCUCUCCCACCCGCAAUGCCCUCACCACUAGAUGCAGCACGCCCUGAUGGCCCACCUAGCAGGAAAAUCCCCAUUGGCCGUCGUGCGUCCAGGGACGAGGCGCCCAUGAUGCUCAGGAGGCGAGCGAGCGUCAGGAGUCAGAUGAGCGAUGGCGCGGCAGGAGAUCAGAUGGGCGCGAGUGCAACUGGUGGCAGCACAGGUGGUCGCUUCGAAAGGGCGAACGGCACAAACUCAGCUAUGGGCUUUGCUUCUCAGACCACGCCCAUGAAUCGCUCGUCGGCGACCUUCGGCUACUCCCAUCAAGGCUUCGGGCCAGGCACGCCUACCAGUCCCAACCGCCCUCUCAACGGGUACGGAGGUGGUAUCGUACGCUCUGCCUCCGCUUCUUCUUCUGCCGCGGGUGCCACCAGCACACUUCGUGUACUGGCUGGGCUAGACAAGCAGAUGCGCGCCUGCGCCUCUGUGGAGGAGUGUCGUGCCCUCGUCUCUGAGGCACUCAAUGUUGCGCUGAGAGAGGCAACGACUAGUGCGGCUGCAGCAGAUGGCGGGCCGCGUAGCCCCACGGCGCAGCUCAAGGGCCUCAACCUCUUCAGUCCCAAGAGCGACGUCAAGUCAGUCACGUCAGCACCUCUGCCAGCUCAUCUUGUCAACACGCAGACAUCGCAGGCUCGCGCUCAGCCCGUCCUAAUUAUGUCCAACAACUAUGAAGAGGACGAUGAUGAGACUUCUGCGGCUUUCGCGCGUAACGGAUCUGUGGCUGCUUGGCUUCUCGAUGACUAUGCCGAGCCGCUGCCAUCGCGCACAGACGAUUCGAUCCCAGCCACUCGUGGCCCACGCAUGCCCACCGGCGGCUCAGGCGGCUCAGCGACAACGAGCAAGAGCAUGCGCACGGCCACUUCAGUCGUCAAGGGACGAAGCAGCAGCGCAGUCAUCUCUAGCAGCACCGGCGAAGAAGAUCUCUCCCACUCCUCCUCCCUCUCCAAUACCCAUCAUCCUCGCCGCUCGCUCGACCCUUACGGCCCUGACUCGAAGCGCUCUCGCAAGAUAUCGACAAACACGGUCGAUGAGCCCAACAUGUACGCGAGUGCGGAUGAAGGGGACGACCUAGACGACGAAGAGGUGCGAGGAGCACGCAGCGGUAGUGCUGGGCUGAUGGUGGAUGACGAGUUGGACGACUCGCCCCCACCCGUCGAUCCGGGAUAUGAAGCGGCAGAGGACACGGCGACGGAGAGCUCUGACGCGAGCUUGAGUGCUGCGCCUACCAAGACGAGCAGACAGCCAUCCACGCAGGCUUCAACGAGCACGUCGCGCUCUCAACGUCAUCCUCCGAGUGCAAGUAAGGCGGCCGUCAGGCUCGCAAGGCAAGAAGGGCGGGAGAGAAUGUAGAUGCGCGAGGGUCCGGCAGAGCAUGAGGGGCCAAGGAGGUCCCCAAGAUCAUUGAAGCGGCUACCUUCUCGUUAUCCUAUACUGAACUGGCUUCACCUU